AUUUUACCACAGCACUCGAACGCAGCAGCUGCUGUUUGGUUUCCAUGGCAACGGUUGGCCACAGAUAGGACGAUGGUUUACAUCACAGAGGAUUUGAUCCGCCGGCGCGCCGAGCACAAUGAGUGUGAGAUCUUCUCACUGGAGGAAGUUUCUCUGCAUCAGCAGGACAUCGAGAGGAUCGAACACCUCGACAGGUGGUGCAAGGAGCUGAGGAUCCUCUACCUGCAGAACAACCUCAUCCCCAGGAUCGAAAAUGUUGGCCGACUGAAGAAGCUGGAGUACUUGAAUCUGGCCUUGAACAACAUUGAAGUCAUUGAAAACCUUGAAGGCUGUGAGAGCCUGCAGAAACUGGACCUGACGGUGAACUUCGUGGGCCGCCUGAGCAGCGUGGAGUCCCUGAGACACAACAUCCACCUCCGAGAGCUGUUUCUGGUGGGGAAUCCCUGCACGCAGUUCGAGGGCUACAGGCAGUUUGUGGUGGCUGCACUGCCUCAGCUCAAGAGUCUGGACGGGACAGAAAUCAGCCGGUCAGAACGGAUCCGAGCCUCGCAGGGUCUGGAGGAGGCGAGGAGGCGCGUCGCUGAGCAGGAGCAGGAAUACCUGAGGAGGAGAGCUGAGGAGAAAGAGGAGGCGAGGAGGAAGGAAGCAGGAGUUGAGGAGGAAAAGAAGGAGAGGAAACCAGGCUUUGAUGGCCGCUGGUACACCGACAUCAACAACACAGCCAGUCCAGAGUCAGAGAAGAAUAAGGAGAACCAGGAGUUGAACGAGAACCCAAAGAACCCGGAGGAGGAGCAAAGGGAGCACGAGUUCUGGCACACACCGUGCAGCUUCACCCCCGAAUCUCGUCUGGAGGCUCACCGGCACCUGGAGGAGAAGAGGCGGGCCAAGGAGAAGGGGAAAGAGAAGAAGCCGAAGGCCCCGAGGACGCUGAUCACUGCUGACGGACGAGUCUUGAAUAUCAAUGAGCCCAAGCUGGAUUUCUGUCUAACAGAAGAUGAAGAAAACAACACGAUUAUCUUGGACCUGGAAGUUUACAGACACAUGGACACCUCUUUGAUCGAUGUGGACGUUCAGCCGUCGUACGCCAGAGUCAGCGUCAAGGGAAAGAUAUUUCAGGUGGUUCUGCCGGCCGAAGUGAAGCCCGACAGCUCGACGGCUCAGAGGUCCCAAACCACCGGACACCUCCUCCUGACAAUGCCCAGGGCUGAAGGUGAAAUCAAAGUGACGAAGACCGUCCCACGUCCACCCAGAGUGCGUCAGAACAGACGCAGCGGCGGCUUAUCGGAAGAUGAUCAAAGGAAAAAUAACGUUCCCGAGAGGCUCGAAGUCGACCCGAGCAAGCGCACAGCCGUCGACCUCGCCAACAUCGUGCCACGCCAGAUCGCCAAAGAAGGGCCGAUGGAAACAUCCAGACCGGAUCCACCAGCCGCCGAGGAUCACUUCUCUGAAGGCUGUAAAGACGACAUGGCCGAUCGGGGGAGGACUCUGCUCGUUACUGCAGCAGGGCGAGGCCGAGAGCUGAAACGCUGGCACAGCUUUACUGAAGCAACGCAACAUCACACUUCCUCACUAUAAACAUCGUUGUCUAAUUCUGUGUCUCCUUUGAAAUGAUGCAUUUGUUAAAAGCCAGCCCUGUUAGGAGGGAUGAACAGAGAGACGCUGCUGCUGGUCUCCCUCAAACCCUCGUGUAGAUUUCAGCCUGAAAAUCAAUCGUCUGAGUUCUGCCUGUGGCCUGGUUGCCGUCUUGGCUGCCGUUGUGCGUUGCCCUGCUGUGUUUUCUCUUUUUUUGUGAUGCUCCUCCUCAAAGCUCAGAAGCUCGCUCACUCUCUGCGCCCGGCUUUGAUCAGAGAGCCUGUGCUUUGUGCCCGGAGGACGCCGGUCCAGGCAUAUUCUGAAGCUUGUUCAUCUCUCCUUGAAGUCUCCUGGGUCUCUGCUUUCCUCUGAGUUGUCACCCCAAAAAGCUCGGAGGUGACGACUCCUCCUCCUCCUCCUGGCUCCGAGCGCCGUUACAGCCGCAGCGCCUUGAGAACUCAUUUUGGCGUUGGACCAUUUUUCCUCCCGACAGCCUCGCUCGUCUUUUAUCAUCCAGCCUUCUAUAUUUGGACUCCGUGGCUCGAGCCAUCUGGGAGAUUUGGAUGUUUGUGGUGCGGCUGCAGGAGGAAAAGCCUCUGUGAUGCCAUCUUCGAUUUGAGUUUUUAAUAUAAGGACUUAUUGUUGUUCAAACACAUGUAAACUGCAGCGAGCAGGCGCCUUUAAUGAGCCUCCUGGACCACAGUCACCACACUUAAUCAUAGGUUUUGCUUUUAUUUCAGUUCAGACUGAAAGGUUUUUAUGUUUAGGUAACGAUAUAAUGGAUUUCUUAUUAAAACAAGUAACUAAACAGCCAGUUCAC